AUGAUGGGGAAAAAGGAAAUAAUACUUAACAACGUUAGUAAAAAUAUAAAGAAGAAAAUAGGUGUACUUAAAAUAGAUGGUGUUGAUAAUAUUACCUUUAAAAAUAAAUCUGCAUCGAUUAUUUACAAUAAUAAUAUAAUUAAUGCGUUAGAAAUAGUUGAUACUAUAAAUAACAUAGGUAUUAAUGGAUAUUUUAUAGAAGAUGAGGAUGUAGAAGGAAAUGGGGAUAACAGUAAUGAUAUUACCCGGUUUACUUUUUAUGUAAAUGGUAAUUAUAAUAAUAGUGAAAAUGUGUGUGAUAGCCAAAUUAAUAUAAGCCCAUGUGCCGAAGAAAUAGCUCCGAAAACAUGUGGAGAUGAUUAUGUUGAAUUAGGAGGAUGUGAAAAGAAUGAAACAUAUAAAAAUAAAAGUUGUUGUGAAAUGAAUAAUAAAGAUAAUAAAUUUAAUGUAAAUGAGGAUAAAGAAUUUGAUCGAAACGGAAUCGAGAAAAAUGAUUUUAAUUUGAACACAAAUGAUUAUAAUAAUGAGGCCAAUGGAGAUAGUAAUAAUAAUUGUAUAGAUCAAGGAUCUAUAUAUAAAUAUAAAGACAGUCUUGAAAAAAAAUGUGAGGUUAUUAAUAAGUGUAAAAAUAAAUACAAUGAAAAUGAAGGAAAUAAUAUAAAUGAAAAAAUUGACAAAGAUGAUAAGGAUGACGAUAAUAUGAAAAAAGGGAAAAAACCACAUGGUGUAUUUAAUAUAUUUCGAAAUAUAACAAAAAAUAAAAAAAUAAAAAGUAAUGAUAAUAUUCAACCUGAAAAAAAAAAAUUAUUAGAUGAUACUGAAAAUGUAUAUAAUGAAGAUACAGUUAAUUUUAAAGGAAUGAACCAUAAUAAAGUUUUUAAUGAAUAUGAAAAUUAUAUAAGUAAUAAUGAGAAUAUAUAUAUAUGUGAAUUAAGAAUAUAUAAUAUGACAUGUAAUAGUUGUGGAAAUAAAAUAAUUAAUUUUUUAAAAAACAAAAAUUUAAUUAUAGACGGUAAUAGUUUUGCUACUGACGAUAAAAUAAAGUUAAAAAUAAACAUUCCUGAAAAUAUGAAUAAUUAUAAGAAUGAUAUAUCUGAUGGUAUUAAAAACAAGAGUAAUAAUGUAAAAUUUUAUGUGAACAAAAUAAUGUCUGAAAUUAAAGAUAGCGGAUUUAAUAAUGAUUUGAUAGAUUUAUAUAAAUAUGAUAAUGGAAAUGACAAUAAUUUAUUUGAUAUAACAUUAUAUAUAUAUAGAGAUGAUAUAAUAAAAGCUUAUAAUUUGUUAGUCCAAAUAAAAGGAGUAAAAAAAGUAGAAUAUGAUAUACAAAAUGAAUACAUUUAUAUUUUGUAUGAUCCUGAUAUUAUAGGGAUUAGAUGUAUGUUAGAAUUAUUAAAAAAAAAAAAUAAUAUUGAUGCAUAUUAUGAUGAAGAUAAAGAAAAAUAUUUUAGAAGUACAAAAAAUAAUGAAACACAAACAUCUAGAAAAGUAAUUGAAUUAUUAUGUUGUUUUGUUAUAAGUAUUAUUAUUAUCAUACUUAAUAGUUAUCAAAUGAGUAUGGGGAAUAUGGACAAUUUCUAUGCAUAUGGAAAUUAUAAACAUUAUUUUAAAACAUUCAAAUUUGUUCAUAAUUUAAACAAUGAGCAUAAAGUAUUUAAUAAUAAUUUUUUUGAACACGAUAAUAUUAGUUUGUCUCAAAAUAUACCUUUUUCUGUUUCGCAUAAAAUGGACAAUAAUUAUAAUUCUAAUGAAAAUUUAGAUUUUCGAAAAAAAAAAAAAAAAAAUGAUGACGAAGAAAAAAUUAAGAAAAAACAACAAGAAAUAGCUUCAAAUACAGACCUUAAAAAAAAUAUUGACGAACAAAAUUUAAAUGAAGAAAAAGAAAAUUGUAACCACACUAAGAAUUUUGAAGAUUCUAUAAAUGUGGAGGAAAAGUCUUUAGACAAUAUGAAGGGCAAGCAUCAUCAGGAUGAUUUUAUGGAGGAGACCUUUGAAAAUAAAACAUCGAAAGGUAUAGAUAAUGAUAAUAUGAAAACCUAUAUAAAGAAGACAGGAAGUGACGAUCAAAAUAAGGAUACUGAGAAUGUUGAAAGUUUCAAAAAAAAGGAACAGGGUGAUAAAAUUAAGGAUAGUGAAAAUGUUGAAAGUUUCAAAAAAGAGGAACAUGAUGAUAAAAUUAAGGAUAGCGAAAAUGUUGAAAGUUAUAAAAAAGAGGAACAAGAUGAUAAAAAUAAGGAUAGUGAAAAUAUUGAAAGUUUCAAAAAAGAGGAAGGAAAAACAGAGAAAGUUGAUGAGGAGGAAAACUUUUUGUUUGAUUUUACAAUAGAUAAUAAAUCUUCGAAAAAUUCGGAGAAUAAUAAAAAUUUAAAGAAGGAUGAAAAUUUGAAAAAAUUAAAAAAAUAUUAUGCCCGUUUUAUGAACAAAACAAGACCAAAAAAUGUGGAUAACAAAGUGGAAUUACUUAGAAGUGAUAAAACUGAAAAUAAUGUCGAUCUUGAAAAUAAUUCUAAUGAAGAAAAUAAUGUAAAUAAAUGCAGAGAACAAAAAACAUAUAGUAAUGAUAAAAAAAAUUGCGAACAAAUUGAAAAAGAGGACAAACCUCGAAUAAGGAAAAAUAAAUCGCGUUCAGAAAAAACAUGGCCGAAUAUACUUUUAAAUAAAUUGUUACACAUAUUUAUUGAUGAUAAAAACUUUAUGGGUAUUUUAGACAAAAAAAUAUUUAGUGUCCUAUCAUUAAGAUUAUUAUUAAUAUAUAUAUUAUCCUCAAUUAUAUAUUUGUUUUUUGGUUAUAAUUUCAUUAUUAAUGGAUAUAAGAAUUUAAAGAAUAAUAUAAUAAAUAUGAACGUCUUAAUUUUUAUCAGCUCUUCAUUUUCGUAUUUUUAUUCGCUAUUUCUUUUAAUAUCAUGUUUAAUCUUUUCAAUAGACAUAGAUGGUAUUCCAUUAUAUUUUGAUACAGCUGCAUUAUUAAUAUGUAUAAUAAAAUUAGGAUCUGAAAUCGAACAUUUUUUGGUGCAAUUUUCGAAAAAAAAAAUGGAAGAUUUAUAUGAAAAAACAACAAAGCAUGUUAAUAUUUUAGAAGAAAGAGAUAAGACACAAGAAGAUAAUAGUAAUUUAAAUAAAAAAGAAAAAACAAAUAGCUCAAAUAAAUUGGCAAAAAAUGAAAGUUCUACAUAUUUUGGAGAUGAUAAAAAUGGUAACAAUGGUUUAUAUAAUUGUGAUAAAAAUAAACCCUCCAAAAUUUUCCCACUUAAAAAAUAUUUAUCAAACAAUACAAUUGAUAAUGGAAAACCUAUUGAUUUAAGUAAAGAUAUUGAUAAAAUAUGUUUAGAAGGAAAAAAAAUAAAUUUAAAUGAUUAUGUUAUUAACAGUUAUCCUGUAAAAUUUAUCCAAAAAUAUGAUUUAUUAGUUUUUUAUCAAGGUGAAACAAUAUUAGUAGAUGGAAUAAAAAUGAAUGAUGAUGUUACAAUUAUUAAUGAAAGUAUGAUAAGUGGUGAAUCACAUGGAAUAAAUAAAUAUAAAGGUGAUAAAAUAUAUGCUGGAUCUAAAUGUGCUGAAGGGAUAUGUAUAUUAUAUAUUUCUGAUGUAACAAAAAGGAACUAUAUUGAAUAUGUUAAGAAAAUUUUAGACGAAGUAAAUUCUAAAAAAACAAAUCUCCAAUUAUAUGCUGAUAAGAUUGCUAGUAUUUUUAUUCCAUUUAUUAUAAUAUUAUGUAUUGUAAUAUUUUUAAUUUGGUUUUUUCUAACAUAUUUUGGUUAUGUAAAUAUUAGAAACGGAAAUUAUUUUAAAUUAAAUAGAUUUUUAUCUUGUAUAUUUUUUUCGAUUCAUUUUUCAUUAUCAGUUUUAUGUGUCGCAUGUCCUUGUGCAGUAGGUUUAGCUAGCCCGUUGUCAAUAGCUAUCAGUUCAUAUAUAUGCAGUAAUAUUGGAAUUAUUAUAAAAAAUAUUAAUAUUUUUGAAAUUCUUCUUAAUUGUAAUCAUUUUAUAUUUGAUAAAACAGGAACAUUGACAGUUGGAAAACCUGUUGUUAACAAAAUUUUUAUUUCAAAUAAUUUUGAAACAUUUAUUGAUCAGUUAUUGAAGGAUAGACCUGAAAAUAAUUUAGAAAUCGAUUGGGAAUAUGCAAAAAAUGUUAAAAAUAUGUCUUCUAUUUCAAAUAAUGAUGAAGUAUUAGGGAAUAAUAGUAAUUAUAGAGAUGGUGAAAUUGGUUUCUUUAAAGAAAUGGAUGGUUCCAAAGAUAUUUCAGAUGUUUACAACAAGAUAGAAGAUUAUGAAAACGUGGAAAAAUGUAAAAAUGGUGAAUAUAUGGAGAUAUAUGAUAUGCAUGAUAAUGAUCCUUCGAAUCUUUUAAAACAUUGUAAAGGAAAAAAUAUGAAAAAUGGUAAAAAAUGUUUGAAUUAUUUAGAAAGCUUUAAUUGUGCAGGUAAAGAUGUAAAAUUUUAUUCUUUUUCAACUGAAAAUGAUAAUGAAUACAAAAUGAGAAAAGCAAUAGGCUUGAAACAAAAUAGACAAAGAGAAGGUGAUAAAAAAAAGAGAGAUGAAAAUGAUAUGUAUCUUAAUUGUAGUGGAAAACAAACAUUUUUAAAUUAUUUUAUGUCAUUAAUAAAUUUAAAAAAAUAUAGACAGUAUAACAAUAAGAAUAUUAAUAGUAGUAAUAAAUAUGAUAAGUCAUUUGAUAAAUCGCUAAAAGAACAUUUUAUAAAUAAUUCUGUUGUUGAAUUUUCUUCGGAUGAUGAUUCAUAUUCUAGCGAAACAAGUAGUGAAUAUAAUUUAAGUGGAUUAUAUAAUAAUAAAAAAUAUUCGAAAUAUGAAAAUCAUGGAAAAUAUAUUGAUAGCAAUUCUGACAAUCACUAUGAUAAUAAUCUAAUAGACGUUAUAAAUAAUAUAGGAAGUAAUAACAUGAUAAAUAGUUCAAAUAAUUUAUCUUUUUCUGAUGAAAAAGAUUUAAAAGAGAAAAUAUGUAAUUGGAUAUAUUUAUUUUUAGGACUAAGUUUAAAUAUCGAAAAAUAUAGUAAUCAUUUAUAUGCUGAAUCUAUUAAUUCUUUUAUUAAUGGCCACUAUUUUAUAAAUAAAACAUAUGAUGUUAAUAAUAUAAAGAAUGAAAAAAAUCAAGGAAUUACUGGUAUAAUAAAUGAAUUGUCAAUAACUAUAGGCACGUUAUUUUACUGUUAUACAAAAUAUAAAAAUACUUAUUGUAAUAAAAUGGAAAAAAUUUCUGAAGAAAAAUUAAAUAUAAAAAAUUUUGAAAAAUAUUUAUAUUCUUGUGAUUGCAGUGUGCAUAAAACUUAUCAAUUUUUAUAUAAUUAUUCUAAUAGUAAAAAAAAUGAAAGCCAUAAUAUGAUUUUUAUGGGUAUUGAAGGAAUAAUAGUUGGUUUUUUCAUUUUAGUAGAUGAUAUUAAACUGGAGGUAUUUGAUUUAAUUAAUCAUUUAAAAGAAGAGAAAAAACAAAUUUAUGUGUGUACAGGUGAUAAUUAUACUAAUGCUAUGUAUAUUUCAAAAAUAUUGGGAAUACCAAAAAGCAACGUUUCUUCAAAUACUUUACCUAUGGAGAAGGCUCAAUUUGUUAAGAAAAUACAAGCUUUGAACGAUGGAAAAGUAUGCAUUAUUGGAGACGGUAUAAAUGAUUGUUUUGCCUUGAAAACUGCUGAUUUAGGAUUGUCAUUAUGCACAAGAUCAAAUAUUGUAAUGGAUAGUGCGGACGCAUGUAUUGUUGAUAAUGAUAUAAGUGUUAUAACAAAAUUAUUUGAAAUAAGCAAAAAAACUAUAUUAGUUAUAAAGUUUAAUUUUCUUUUUUCUUUCUUUAUUAAUAUAUUUUUUAUUUUAUUGGCAAGUGGAGCUUUUUAUGCUCUAAAUUUUGUUUUUUCUCCCUUUCAUUUCACAUUCCUAAUGUUUUGUAGUUCAAUUAUUGUAAUUUUAUCGUCCCUAUCCUUGAAGUUGAUUCUGAAAAAUGUAUGA